AGAGCAGAAAAAUCUGCGGUCUCGGAAAUGUUUGGGUGUGGUAAUUUUUGUCGCGUGGUGCCAUUAGUCCUUUGAUAAGUCCCCAAUCACCAAUCCCAAGCUUCUUGGGCACGAACACCAAUGCCGCAAGACACACGCAACUCAAUUAUUUUAUAAAUUAAGCGCGAGAGAUUCUCUUUCUCUGUUGCGUUGCGCGUGUCUAUAAAAUUCUCCCACUCUCCACAAUUCAUUUCCAUCUAACAAUGGCUUCAACUCUGCUCCACCUAGCAACCUUCUUCUUCUUACUCUUCACCGCUUCUUAUUUCAAGAUUGCUGGGGCGGAAACGCACCGCUUGACUACUCUCAAGCUCAACUCUCAUAUUCUUCAGGAGUCUAUUGCUAAACAGAUUAACGAAAAUCCUGAGGCAGGAUGGGAGGCUGCAAUAAAUCCUCGUUUCUCUAAUUAUACGGUUGAACAAUUUAAGCGCCUUCUUGGAGUUAAACCAACUCCUAGGAAGGAACUGAGAAGUGUACCCGCUAUAUCUCAUCCAAAGUCGUUGAAAUUGCCGAAGGAUUUUGAUGCAAGGACAGCUUGGUCGCAGUGUAGCACUAUUGGAAGAAUUCUAGAUCAGGGUCACUGUGGUUCUUGUUGGGCAUUUGGCGCUGUUGAAUCAUUGUCAGAUCGCUUUUGCAUUCAUUUUGACGUUAAUGUAUCUCUAUCUGUUAAUGAUCUUCUUGCAUGCUGUGGCUUUCUGUGUGGAUCUGGAUGUGAUGGGGGAUACCCCAUAUAUGCAUGGCGAUACUUAGCCCACCACGGUGUUGUCACUGAAGAGUGUGACCCUUAUUUUGAUCAAAUUGGCUGUUCUCAUCCUGGUUGUGAACCAGCUUAUCGGACUCCCAAGUGUGUUAAAAAGUGUGUAAGUGGGAACCAGCUUUGGAAGAAGUCAAAGCACUACAGUGUCAAUGCAUACAGGGUCAACUCUGAUCCCCAUGAUAUCAUGGCAGAAGUUUAUAAGAAUGGGCCAGUUGAAGUUGCAUUCACUGUUUAUGAGGAUUUUGCUCACUACAAAUCAGGAGUUUACAAACACGUCACAGGUUAUGAACUAGGCGGUCAUGCAGUAAAGCUAAUUGGGUGGGGAACAACUGAUGAUGGGGAGGACUAUUGGCUUCUUGCAAAUCAGUGGAACAGAGAAUGGGGAGAUGAUGGUUACUUCAAGAUCAGAAGAGGAACAAAUGAAUGUGGGAUUGAAGAUGAUGUAACUGCUGGUUUGCCUUCCACCAAAAAUCUCGUAAGAGAGGUGACUGAUAUGGACGCUGACGCUGAUGCUGAUGCUUCAUUUUGAAUGUAGAUAUAUACCUUACCGAUUAAUAUUGUAUGGGUAUUGAAUUGAAAAUCAGUGCUAAAGGUUGUCUGUAGUCUGAAUCUGAACCUCUCUUUCAAGGAAAACAAUAUAAAUCAUGAUUACGAUCUUCAGUUCAAAGACGUUAAGCUUUUGUUAUUUAUCUCUUACACGAGAUAAAAGAAUAAUUGUUGUAAUUACUAAUCAGCAGUUGGAGUAAGUCAUGUCGUCUUUGUAAUAUUAAUGUCUUUGUAAUAUUAAUGCUGAUAAUGCUUUGGCUUGAUUCACAAAAUCCUCCCUUUUUUA